AUGCACCUCUCCACCGCGCUUCUCGGUCUCGCCUCGUUGGUGUCGCCGUCGCUUGCUGUUAUGUCGGACUAUGACGGGCUGCCUUGGGAUGGUCGACAGAUUCAACAAAAUGGCGGCAGCAACGGCAAUUUGGCCGACUACGUCACGGUCCAGCACCAAGGUCGACCCGAAGGCUACAACGACGACGGUGGCGUCCUCGCGAUCGGCGUGGACGACAAGGCCAUCUUCAGCACGAGCACUAACGCCCGCCGCUCGGACCUGUUCCGAAUCAUCGAGGGGGACUCCGGCAGCACCACGUUCUACCGUGCCAGCUUCAUGAAGGGCGAGGCGUUCCUCAACUCCUACGACUGGCAGCUCAUCUUUGUGGGCUCGGGCGUCUUCGAGAUCGGCGUGAACGCAUCCAAGACACCCGCCCAGGUGUACUGCCGCAACAAGGGCACGGACGCCGCGAAGUGGUCGACCGAGUUCGUGCCUGGCACGUGGUACAACUUCGGCGCUGGCGUGGAGAAGGCGGCAGAUGGCACCAACACUGCGGUGGAGUUCUGCACCAGUACGGGCCAGGACGAGCUCAAGUUCAACAUGAAAACCCAAGUGGAGGGGUCGCUCCUCGCGCGCGACGAGUUCCACAUCGGUCCCGCUACUGCACUUUCGAGUGGAAGUAGCGCAAUGAACGCGCAGCAGGACGUCGUCUCCUUCAACGGCAUUUCGGCCGAGUCCACUCCGAUUGGCGCCGGCGCUCCCACCCCGGCACCCUCCCAGGACGCUGAGCCAAUUCCUGGGAGCACUGCUGGCGAGGCUCGAUCGUUCAGUUUCAAUGGCCGCAAGUAA